GAAGCCGGGGAGCGACGGGCGCGGGGUUGGGAGGCCGCGUCGGGGGCGCGCGCGCUCGGGCAGCCCCUCCCUCCGCCGCUCUCCGGCUGGGCGUGGGACUGCGCGCUACGGAGGGCGGGAGGAGGGCUUUGAUGGAUUGAACUGCAGUUGCGGGGCUGGAGGCUGGCAAGGAGCCGCUGGGAGCGCGCGCGGUCGGGGCUUCCUCCCGGGCGCCUCGUCGGGGAAGGAGGCCUCUUCCCUCGGGAAGGUGGGCAGAACCCAGCAGGAAGAGGAGGAGGAGGGCGCCGCCGCCGCCGCCGCCGCUUCCCGCCUGAAAAAUGAAUGAAUGGGCCGGGAGGCGCAGCUGAGCCGCCGCCGCCGCCGGAGCCCCGAGUCUCUCCGCCUCCCUCGCGGCUGGAAGAAGGUCUCGCCGGCGAGCCGCCUUUGUUCGGCGCUCGGCAGGGCUGCGGAGUCAUGAGCGCCGCCGGCGGCCGCCGCUCGGAGCCGGGCGCGUGGUGAGAAGGCGCCGCCGGAGCGAGGCCAGGCUCGCCUCCCCGCCAGAUCCGGGAGGAAGCUGCGCCCGGCGCAGGAGGCUCUUUCGGCGAGCCGGCGCUCCGUCCCCCGGCCGGCGCGUCCGCGGCGCCAUGGGGAACAUCUCCUCCAACAUCUCCGCCUUCCAGUCGCUGCACAUCGUCAUGCUGGGCUUGGACUCGGCGGGCAAAACCACGGUGCUGUACCGGCUCAAAUUCAACGAGUUCGUCAACACGGUGCCCACCAUCGGCUUCAACACGGAGAAGAUCAAGCUGAGCAACGGCUCGGCCAAGGGCAUCAGCUGCCACUUCUGGGACGUGGGCGGCCAGGAGAAGCUGCGCCCGCUCUGGAAGUCCUACAGCCGCUGCACCGACGGCAUCAUCUACGUGGUGGACUCGGUGGACGUGGACCGGCUGGAGGAAGCCAAGACGGAGCUGCACAAAGUCACCAAGUUCGCCGAGAACCAAGGCACCCCCUUGCUGGUCAUCGCCAACAAGCAGGACCUGCCCAAGUCGCUGCCGGUGGCGGAGAUCGAGAAGCAGCUGGCGCUGCACGAGCUGACCCCGGCCACCACCUACCACGUCCAGCCCGCCUGCGCCAUCAUCGGCGAGGGGCUCACCGAGGGCAUGGACAAACUCUACGAGAUGAUCCUCAAGCGCAGAAAGUCCCUCAAGCAGAAGAAAAAGCAACGGUAGACCAGAGAGCCCGAAAGGAAGCUGCGGCGACACGUCCCUUACGGAGCAGCAGAUGAAUGCCUGGGCCCAUCCACCUCUCCAUGCUGACCCAGACCCCUUCCGUUGCUUCCCCAUUAAGAGGCAGGGUAUCGUUUUCGUGCUGGCUGGCACUCGGGAUGCAGGUCAGAUCUGCGCAUGUCCGCUUCCCCCUCCCGCUGCGAAGCCGCCAUGAGCCCCAGGCAGAGGAGGGAUCCCGCCUCGCCUGAGUUUUCCCAUUCUAGCAGGACUAGAAUACAGGCGAGGACCACAUGGUUUUGUCAGCUGCUUCCGUCCCUGUGGACUAACCUACACAACGCAUACCCUUGUUUAAAUUCCUCUGGAAGGUGUCUUUUUAACUAGAUAUGGAUCUAUGUAAUGGGAAGAAAGGACUUCGGGAGAUGAAAGCCAGAAGGCUGGAUAGCGCAGGGCAGGACCCUGUUUCAUCUGGAUUAAAGUUUGUGCUGCCAUCUCAGGAUCUCGGUAGAAGCCCAAGGUGAUGUGUGCAUGAAGAACUAGACUUAAGAAAUAUUGCUUGAUAGGGAAAAGAUGCUGUGGUUGGGAGGGAAAAAACUGAUGCAGAUCAGAGUACAUCUUCAGUGUAUAUUGCUUCAAUGGCUCAUUGAAGCCAGCCUUUGUGGAAACUGUUUUCGGUCCUAAGAUAAGAUAGACAUCGCCAAGGUAUUUAUGGUCUGGCAUUGUGUCGGGUUCUUAUUACCACAGUCCACAUGAUGUGGUGCUACUUCCUGGAGUGACGUGUGUUCUGAGAAAAGUGUCCCUGCCAUUUCAGUUGGGUGUGCAGCAGUGCCUGAAAGUGGGGGGGGGGGGGCAAGGAGGACAGCCCUUUAGGCUUCGUUCAGAACGCAACACCCAUGUACUGCUGUGUUAAAAGAGAAUUCUGUAUGUUGAUUGUGUGUUGAUGCACUUGAAUUGUAAAAUCUUGAGCUGCCUGGAUCCUUUGUGACCUGCGGCUGCUGCCCGGUGCUGUGUCUAAGCAUUAUGCUAACAGAUUUUAUUAUCUUUUCAUAACCAGUCUAUACACUGUAGCAAUAACCAGGAAAACAUUUUCUCAAUCAUACUUUCUUACUGUAACAUUUGACUGCAGACAUCCCACCCCUUCUUCACUAAAUCCAAUCAGACUUAAAUACUCUGACUGGCCUUUCAAUCUAUUAGUGCAUCAUUCUAAUGAUUUUCAUGAACCAGAGGCCCAGCUCACUGCAGCAAUGAGAAGCAAUGGGUUUUGGGAGGAAGCCCAAAUACACUUUGACUAAGCUGAUGAAGUACAAAGACGGAUUCCGUACCAAGUGGAUAUUCUGAAAAGAACAAAUAUUUUGUGUAAGUGAGAGAACUGCCCCCUCCCCCCCCCCCCCCCGGGCUGACAAGUCACCUCAAUGGGUAGAAUUCUGAGUUCCAUCAGUGAAAGCAUUUGAGUUUGCUAGCCCCUCCCUUCGCUGUUCUGAGGGGGUUCUCUCAAUCCUCCAGAGUGGAUUUACAGGGAGGGGGAAGGGGGAAAUCCCAAUUCCUCUAGUGUGAGAACCUGUGCAGGGCUCCCAAACAAGAGACAGGUUAGAUGAAUCCUGCCCAUUUUUUCUUUUUCAAUCCAUGGUUAGUUAUGCUGCUAAGCAUAAAGAAAAUGGCAAGAAUACUCCCCCAUUGUAGGAUUCCUAUGGAUUUCUGCAGUCCAGGAGAAAUUGGUAUUGUUUACAUGGGUUCUCAUCCUGCAAAACUAACAGUGCCAUCCUAUACGUGUCUGUACAGAAGUAAGACCCAUGAAAUAAAUGGGAUUUUCUCCACGGUAUUGCAGGUAACAGGAUUGCAGACCCUUGGAAUUCCAUGGGACUCACUUCUAAAUAGGCAUGUAUAGGAUUGCACUGUAGGGCUGCAGCUAUAGUCAUACAGUUGUACCUCUUGUUACGUCAGUCUCCGGCUGCAUUUUUUCAGGAUACGAAUGCGGCAAACUCGAAAGUGUAUACUUCCAGGUUUUGUCGCAUGCGCAUGCACAGAAGCGCUCUGUGCACCUCGCACAUGCGCAGAAGCGGCACUCUAGUUGCAGACUUUUCUGGGUGCGAACAGCACCCCGGAACAGAUCGAGUCCGUAACUAGAGGUACCACUGUACUUAACCUCAGAGCAAGUUCAUUUAGUUCAGUGGUAUUUACAUCUGAGCAAACAUGCAUAGACUCAGGUAUGCACACUUACUUGGGACCAAGGACCAUUGAGCAUGGACCUCUGAGUGAACAUGCCUAGGAUCAGUUGCACAGCCAGAGAUAAUACAGUAAGACUAUCAGGAAAACAGAUUCAUGAGAAGUUGGGAAGGGAGUUUGAUCAUCUUUCCUAGAAUGGUUAUUAUAAAGGGUUUGCGUGACAAGCCCCUUCGUGUAUUAAAAAGCCUGUAAAAAAGAAAGCUUACAUGCCACAUGAGAGAGUUACACCUGUGGUUCACUGAUUUUAGCUUACUUAACUUCUGGAGCUAUGAUUAUCUGUUUUCUGCUUUAAAAUGUCCCUUCCAGAAACAGCAACAGAAGAAGCCUAAAUUGCCAAAGGAAGAGGAGAAAGGGGAUCUAAUAAAUGAUUUUCCCCUUUCACAGCAAGCUUACUUAAAAGGUCUUUGUAGGAAUCCAUGUAGGAAUUGCCGACUUCUUUUCUUGCAGGGCUUCUGAACCUUUUUACAGCUGCAUAUUAGGUAAAUAUUCAGAAAGCCAAGUUCUUGGGUUUGUUCCCACUGUUGUAAUUUCAUGUUAGAAAAAGUUUUACCUGCUGAAUGUUUGCCUAUUGUGCAACUGUUUAGGGUACAGGAGCCCUGUUAGAUAAGAGGUUAGCUGGUAACCUCUGCAGUCAAGUAUUACUUACAUGCCUGGAGAAUUCUAGUUACACGCAUAGAAACUUGUUCAUUGAUCUACAGAGCGGGCUGGUCCCAUUGUUUUAGAACACCAUAGAACUGUGGUUGUUGUUUUUUUAAAUUGUUUUUAUCUUCUUCCACUCACAGCUCUCUCAAGCACAUUUGUUACCUCAUUACUGAGAGAGACACAGAGAGAAUAUAUUUAUUUUGAAACAAUAUUAAAAGCCAAAUGCUGUAAUUUUGUAAACACUGUUUAGGAAUUAGAAAAUACUGCUCAGAUCAAACUCCACUGUGCCAUAAAAGCCAGUGAGUAUGGGUUCUUUUGUCAUUGGCACAAAAUGUUUCUUACAAGCCUUAGAAACAAUUUCUAAAAGCUAAGUUAUCACAUAAUCUGCUCCUGCAGACCAAGUUGCACAGGUGCUAAGUGACUGGUGCUUAGGCCUUUAUCACCCCAGUUCAGCAAUACAAAGUAUUAGAUAUGCCAAUCUCUCUGUUGGACCAACUUCAGUUGGCACAGGAGUAUGCAGACUUGCGAGUUAUACAGAGAUCUUCAUCCAGCAGAAUGGAAAGGAUGUGGAUGGAUAACACCCAUAAACAUUUAAACACUUCUGUUUGGUGAAAACAACAAGCCUGAAAGAUCUUACACAUUUUCUGUGACCCAUAAGGCACCUAUAUGGUCUUUGAAGCAAAGCAUUUAAACAUAUUCCUGGCCUGGUGGAAGCAUAUGCACCUCUUAGGCAGAAAUCCUGUAGACCUUUACCUGGGAGUAAGUCCUACUAAGCUUUGAGGAACUCAUUUCUGAGUAGACGAAUGUAGGAUUGCACUGUCAGGCACUUACUUCCUUAACUGAGACCAGUAAAUGGGAGUUUGAAUGCCCAGUUGGUGCCCCUAGCAUGCAGACUGCUUUUUACUGCCAGUUGUUUUCUUGUUAUGAAUAGCCAGCACAGCCUUUCCUCUAGCCAAAAACAGUCCUGACAGGCAUCUUCGUUAGUAAAUUGCCUGAACUAAGGUGGCAAAAACACCUUGCCAUUAAAGCUUUAUAUUUGACCCUCCUUUGAGAACAAAUUCUUCCCACUCCCAGUUAUUUUGUCCUCUUCAAAUAAUGUUGGCAGAUUUUUAACAGAUGUUACAAGAUGCUAGUCACAUUUCAGAUGUUUUCUUCACCAUGCACCAAUUAAAGUAUUCUAGCAAAAAACUUCUCUGACCAAUGUUAUAUUUUCAUUUCCUGUUAUCUCUUUCCGGGCUUGCUAUCUCUGUUUUUAUGAUACAGAUAUGAAAUUAUUCAUUCAAUGGGGCGGGGGAGAAAAGUAAUCCUCAUUAGGAAAGGUAAGGAGUUCUGGAAACAUGGAAGGGACUCCAUUGGAGCUGCUUGCACAUACUAAAAUAAUCUGCAGAACCUUCAGACAGUUCUUCUGAUAAAAGGUUGUGCACUUCAGAGGUUACAGGGUUUCUAGACAGGAAGCAGUGUGCAAUCUGCAAGCAGGCCAUAUAUGCUUUGAGGGCACAAACAGGUUUCUGCAACACAGAUGCUUUAUAUGAGCCAGGAAACCUCUGCCUCACCUUUGCUCGCCCGCUCAUGUCUAUAUGCAAUGGAACCCACAUGUGCAGUUAUCACAGGUUGCAUGUUAAUUCUUACACAGAUACUGGGUAGUAUCUAACUCAGUCCAUUGGUGCAAGGUUUUACACCUGAGCAAAAUUUCCUCCCUUGCCUCCUCCCGCACUCCUUUCCCAAUCUGCUCUGGGAUUUUCCUCAAUCCUCUGAAGCAAAUUUGGACAAGAAUGCAGGGUGCACAUCCAUAGAGAAGCGGGGCAGUUCUGUUGCACAAGCAUAAAUCUUUGCACGGAUGGGCUCAGUUUGAUACUGUCCAUACAUUUCACAAUGUGUAAAGCAGCCUUCACUUGAAUUCUUGUUUAGUUAAUUUUCUCUGUACUGUUAGGCAACAAAAUAUUUCAAAGCAGGCAUCAGUUCCACCUCAACUUGCAUGCAAAUAUGCAAUGGAGCUCUGAUGUUAUUUUUCUUAAAGAAGAAACUUAUGAUAAAUCACACAAAUGGAGCUUGAUCAUAAGAAAUCCCAUCCUAUCGUGCAAUUUGCUAAUAAAAUAAUGCUGUUUUAAGACAUUUUGCUGUUUAACUGAUAGUAACAGGAUGAUCAGACUUCACAAUCUCAUUAGUGUUUAUAAUUGAGUUGACUACAACUUGAGAUGGAGCGUAUAGACCUAGCAAGAGCUCGCAGUCUGAUGAAUUAAUGCAAAGCUCAGUCUCAGAUGCAAGGAACUAACAAAGAGUGAAUGUUUUCUAUCUGAAAACCAAGAGUCACAAAGACCAGAUUAAAACAGUAUUUUAAAACCUUAAACACAUAUAAAUAAAGGUGAAAUAAUGUAAGAAGCAUUUGAAUUUUUAACAUAAGCAAAUGAGCACCUGCUACAGACAAUAAUACUCCCUGGCUUACUGAACAGGGAGAGCAAUGCUCUAUAUUCAAUUUAAAUAAUCAAAACCAAUAUGUGAAGUUACAGAAAUAUUUAAAAUAAAAUUAAUGAGUUUCCAAUUUUAUACAGUUUUCUUAAUUUACUUUUGGACAUUUUGUUUCCUAAUAAAACUUAUUAAGUUUAGUAGUCCUUAACCCAUUAAGAUGUUUUUUUUAUCAGAACAUCUAUGUAGCAGAAACAAAAAGUUCAAUACAGUGGUACCUCGGGUUAAGAACUUAAUUCGUUCCGGAGGGCAGUUCUUAACCUGAAACUGUUCUUAACCUGAAGCACCACUUUAGCUAAUGGGGCCUCCCGCUGCCGCUGCACGAUUUCUAUUCUCAUCCUGAAGCAAAGUUCUUAACCUGAGGUAUUAUUUCUGGGUUAGCGGAGUCUGUAACCUGAAGCCUCUGUAACCCGAGGUACCACUGUACAGUCAAACCUCGGUUGUCGAAUGCAAUCUGUUCCAGAAGCUUGUUUGGCUUCCGAAAUGUUUGACAACCGAGGCGCAACUUCCGAUUGGCUGCAGGAGCUUCUUGCACUCAAGCAGAAGCAGAAGCAGCGUUGGACGUUCGGCUUCCAAAAAAGUUCGAAAACCGGAACACUUACUUCUGGGUUUUCGGUGUUCGGGAGCCGAAACGUUCCAAAAGAGGAGUUUGGGAACCGAGGUUUGACUACAGUCUCUAAAAUCCUAGCCUUAUUUAAUUAUGAAAGAUAAAGUUUGGCAUUUUCAUAAGAAUGGUUUCACACCUGGUUUCAUUCAAGUAAAUGGUCAUGCCUGAAAGUCAUUCGACCCUUUCAUGUGUUGUUUAGUCACUUAAUUUAUCUUAUUUAUUUAAGCUUCAAUGUACAGAACUUUGUAAUGAUUUCACACGACAGUAAGAUCAAUAAAGCUUUGCUUCUAGAAAGCAUUCUGU